AUGUCUGGUGCCAAUGGUAGCGGUGCAUCGCGCUCCACUGGAGGAGGUCGCAGAAAUCUGGCUUCAUCCAUGUUCAUUGAUCUCACAGGGGAUAAUGAUGAGGACAGCGAAGAUAGUAAGAAGCGCAAUGAGAAACUCAAGAAGAAAAGUAACAAGUCCUUCAUUGAUUUGUCAAUAUCAUCCGAUGACGAACCUUCUGCGCCGGCAAAGACACCAGUAUUAUCAAAGCCACAAGCAGAGGUAAAAUUGUCACUAAAUUCGCCACCAAACGCUUCAGCAAAGCCCAGAACAAGGGUUCCAAAAUAUCAAAAUGGAGGAAUAUACAGCCUUUUGUCGGGGGGUGAAUCCGACGACGAACUUCGUACAAAAGUAUCAGGGUCACUUUCAAAAAAGGUUGAUGACAAUCCCAAGACUGAUGCUAUGACUAGAAGGUCACCUUCGAGAUCAAAAUCUAACAGCGGAGGGGUGGCAAGCAGUGUUCCUCUAAGACAAGGUACUGCACGGAAAACAGUUAUGGUCUCACACCGAAAAUCCAGCUCUGGAUCAUUUGCUCCCGUUACUUCUCAUUCGACACAAAAUAAAAUUAAUUCUGCGCCCAGUUCAGCAAGAUCAACACCAGGAGCAUUGGGAGGUCACGGGAUUUUGCCAAAAUCAGGAUCUAUUUUGAACCUUUCUCAUGUUAUAGGCCAGCAACCAAAAUCAAAGGCUACCUCACUUUCAACGGCCGGCCCAUCGCAACUGAACAUAUCUACUGCGGGGAAGGUGCCUGCUUCGAAUAUUCCACCCGUCCACCUUGAUUCUGAAAAGGUUGCAACGCCAAGACCGCAGUGCCCUAUAGCAUCUAUAUCACUCGGAAUCAAAGAAUCUCCAGUUUUCGCAAGAGACGCGCCAUCAAUUAUUCAGAUUGAUAGAGGUAGAUCUGGAAGUCAAAAUGACAAUGAAUCCCGAGCGGAACUUGAUUUACACAAGAAGCAAAGUCUCUUUCUGGAAUCCCGUCUGGAUGGCGAGGCAGGGUGUUCUAGAUCAAUAGAAAAGGAAGACACGAACUCGAAUCUAUUGACACGAGAAGAAGUUCCUCGAAUCACUCGUAAAGUUGUGGAAAGGAGGGCAGAGGAUUAUAUACCGGCAAGAGAAAAUGCUAGGAACACCGAUAAAGACGACGAUGCUGGAAAUCAUGAUGGGAAUGGCAAAAUACUAAGCAUGGUUUUGCAGCCAGAUGGGAAUGAUAACCCAGAUCGUACUGAAAACGAGAUCAUAGAUUAUGAAUUUCCGAGCGGCACUGAUAGUUCCAAAGCUCGAAAGACCCCUUACAAAAAGAAAGGGAAUCAUGGCGGUGCGAGACGCGGACCAGCCUGGGAGAAGCAGAGACAUGAAAGGAACAAUGCUACUGGAGGAAGAAGUAUCGACAGUGAAGCUUCGGAUGACGAAGACGACGAUAUUCAGCCACUACCUCGAAGGAGAAGAAAAAGAGGUCAAGAUACAAACCAAAACUUAGUAUCGAAGCCUCCAUCCCCUCGCUCUGCUUCACCUAUCCUCGAUGCUGGAAAGGAGAGAUGUGGACAAUCGGAAAGCCACAUGACUCUCAUAUCAAAGGGAAAGUGUUUAACCCUAGGUGGACCGUCCAAAAUAGAGUAUCAAGGAUUGUCAGUUGACGAGAUGAAACGAAGUCUGGCAAACUUAGAGGAGACUAUGACGGAAGAUCGUGGCCUAAGCAUCAGAUCUAUUCUGGAGAAACGACGGCUGCGCGCCCAAACAGCGAUGAAAUUAGAUAAUCUGGACGAGGAAAGCCCCUUUGCAUCCUUAAAAGCAGCAGACGAAAAUGCCGAGGGGGCUGUAAAACUGGACAUACGAACUACCAGGAAAGACAAAAUCCCAACUUACGUUAUACCAAUAGUAGUGGGGCAUGGUGGCGUGGAUCGAACACCUGCUUACACCCAUCAUAUCAAUGUAAUACGAAAUCACCUCACCGGAGAUGAUGAAACGCUUCGUUAUAUUCCAAUAGUCGACACUGGUAAUGCUAUACAUAAUAAGAAGGAGUCAGCGGAAAAAUUUGUAAAGGACUUAAACACAGCUUAUACUGAAAGAAAUAGUGACCCAAGAGAGAAGGAAAGGGUAUCUCAGAUCGACAGACACUUAGAUGACUUUUUAGAAGGGAUCGGUUACGACAAUUGCAAUAGGCCUGCACUUGUUCGAUACUAUUUGGGACAUGAGUCUCAAAGAUUGUCAUACCCUAAAGAAGAAGAGAAAUUCGUCCUCAAGACACUCGGCGGCCCUUUAACUGGAGAGUUGUAUAAGAAAAUGGUGUUGAUUGUCGAAGAAAUGACCGAAGCCUUUGGAGUUGAUCUGGAUGAUGUGGUCCUGUCUCAAUCCCGGUUCAAAGAGCUGGUCGAAUCAUCGAGAGCAGCCCAAUCAUGUGAGCGAUCAGCCGAUCGGCCAUCUCCCCCAGAACGACUGGAGACCGUGGCGCAAUUUACCUGUCUAAUCUGCCUAGGUGCCGCUUGCACAACUCAUGGUGAGUAUAAUUAUCUGAAAAUCAACAAAGACAUUUCAAGUGAUGAUUCCUCCGAAGUCGGUUCUCCUGCUGGCCGAUCAUUCAAAAAGUCAGAUUACGAAUACGUAUGGGACAAGCUCGUUAUGCAUUAUCCAGAUGUCAGACGAAAACACAAUGCUCGAGAUCACAGCAAAAAGAACGAGAACUGGCACCCAGAGCAUUGGAACACCGAUAAAGACACCGCAAAAGCAUGUAGCGACGAGUGUUACCGAGGAAGAACUAUAUGGACUAACUAUGCCUGGACCCAAGAAGAGGAGAACGAGCUCAAAAAUAUUCUAUUAGCAGUCAAACCUAACAAACCUUGCAGUCUUGUAGACAUCGUCGAUAAGCCCUGCUGGCAAAUAUAUUCCAAAAUCCUCGACCUCGAGGACCAAGCCCCCGUCAACAGGAGUCGAGCUCUUCCUAAGAAACAGAAAAUUGAGCCUGCGGAAUGGUACGACCCUAAAGCCGUGCCCAGAAAUCGCGGUCUCAAGCCAGGCUGGCAAGAUGACACCACAGCGCACAUGCAUGAUAAACGCGUUCAACCGGCCCCAUGUGUGCACGAUGGUCCAUGUCGUCGCGAGAUGGACUGCCAUUGCGUCAUCCAGAACAUUCUCUGCGAACAUUUCUGUGGCUGUCCCGAUGACUGUGGACGACGAUUCGCGGGCUGUUCUUGUCAUGCCGAGGGUCUCGCUUGCGCCUCGGAUACCUGCAUUUGCUUCCAGAUGAACCGCGAAUGCGGUGAACAGUGCGAUAGCUGUGGCUCACUAGAUCGCACUCGACCGCAGAAUCGGCACAAGGAAGGACUUUUCCAAAAUGGUUGUCAGAAUAUAGCACUACAACGUGGAGUCAAUAAAAAGCUCAUUUUGGGAAAAUCUCAACUCCAAGGCGUCGGCUUCGGCCUGUUCACCGCGGAACCGAUCAAGAAAGGGGAUUUUCUUCAUGAAUAUGCUGGAGAGGUGAUUUCGGAAAAUGAAGCUAACCGUCGGGGAGUGAUAUACGAUCGCAAGUAUUCAAGUUUUCUCUUCGAUCUGAACAAGGAAUGGAUUAUAGAUGGUGCACGAAUGGGGAAUAAAACCCGAUUCAUCAAUCACGCGGAGACGGAGGCCGAUGGGCUCAAUUGUAUUGCGAAAAUUCUACUGGUGCAUGGAGAGCAUCGGAUUGAAUUCCGCGCCAGUCGUGACAUCAAAAUUGGAGAAGAAUUAUUCUUCAACUACGGCAAGAAAUUUGCGGAAAUUCAAGGCUUGGAUAAGAAAAUCGGGGAUGGCAAAGGGAAGAUGCCGCAAGCAAAUCAGGGAGUGGUUACGGGAGAGGCGGCGCUGGCGGAGCUCGAUGGGUUGAGUGGGAGGAGGGGGGCUCGGAGGGAAAAAGCUCGCGAGAUUGUGGAGGCGCUAGAGGGGGGAGUAUCCACAAAGGGGAAGAGAGGGAGGCCGAGGGGGAAGGCUAGUAAAAAAGCGAGAGUGGAGCCGCACCUUGCUGUUGCGGGACUGUCGAAUCCUCAUGGGGAUCAAGAAGAUGGAGAAAUUGAUGGAGAUGGCGAUGAGAUGAUGAUGGAUAUCGACCCAUCGCUCUACCCAGAUAUAAUACAAGACAGCGACGUAGAAGACGAAACGUUCAUCGGCAAACUCUCAUCGGAUAUCGAAAUGGGAGAUGCAGAAGAUGAAGAUGAUGAAGAAGAAGAAGAUGAUGAAGCAGUGAGAAGAACACGAAGAACGAGAAAAAUGCCGGCGAGGUAUACGAGAUAA